GGAAAAUUUCUCCUUUUGAAAGUUGUGCGAUUUGUUAGUUGAGAAAUAAGAAUUCGUGCAUAUACGUUGCAUAUGUAUUUAUUAUAUAUAGAAACAUAUAUAUACAUAUAUACGUAAAAAAAUUGAAUAACCUUAUGUUAAACCAGUAUUCAAAAGAUUACUUCAAGUGUAAAAAAGUACUCCACAAAUGAAGUUCAAUACUUGAAAGUAUACAUAUGUAUAUGCAUAUACAUAUGUAGAUACAAUAUAAAUCUAUACUCAUAUGAGCAUAUGUAUGCGGAAAAGGAAAAUGCAAAGAAAAAAUUUAAAAAUUUAUUUUUUUUUGAUACAACGAAGAAUUGUGUGAAAGUGUUUAAUAAAUGAGCUUCUAAAUUAACGUGAAAUUCCUUUUUAAAGCGCUACACAAAAACAUAUAUGUAUGUAGAUUGGUGGCAUAUUUGUACAUAUGUAUGCGCAUAUGCAUAAUUCUGUGGUAUCCAGAAUACGAAGUUUAUAUGUACAUACAUUCAAACAAAGGCCUCGGGUGGGAUGGAAAAAGUAGCAUGGAUAGUCGAAAUAUUCCAACGAAUGAAAUAUAUUCGAACAAGUGGAUGCCGAUGCAGAUUCAAAAAGAAAUACUAAGGAGAAAAAAUCAUGAAGUAUAAAUCCCAUUCCUCUAUUUACGGGCGCAUAUGAAUAUAACUGAAAAAGGGAGAUGUUAGUACAAUAUUAGUCCCGACCCAAAUGUCUGGAUGAAGAGUACAAAUGGAUGAAAAUGCCGCCGUCGCUGUCUCUCUUGUCGUCGUCGCCAUUUUGUCAUCACUAUCGAGCACAAACGCAGCAACGCAAAAAGCGAAUCCAGCGAAAUUUGUCGAUAAAACACUGUCGUUUGACUCAAAAUUCAGAACUAAAAACGCCCAACAAAAGUUUAAUAGAAUACCAUCAGAUCGGGAAAAUUGGGCAACCGGUCAAAAAGGACGUAUUAGAUAUACUGACACAAAAAUAUUUUCAAACGCGCAGGGUGGGAAGAGUAGAAAACAAGUUGCGCGGACAACUGACACAUUUACUAAGGCAUCUCCUAAAAAGAACUGUAGACAUUUCGGUACAGAACAAACGUACCUGUUCUCGGAAUUCUCUUUCUGUACCAGCCAGUGCAACAAAAUUACCGAAAAUCAUUGUAGGUUAUCUGAUUUGACGUUGAGCAGCUGAAUGACUAAAACUAAAAGAGUUGUAAUAUGUCUUAACAACAGGGACGAUACGAUAAUUUUUACUAAAAGCAAAGGGUAAUAACAAGUAGAAACACGGAGAAAAUCUAUGUGCUCGAUUUUGAGUCUACCAAACAUCAACAAUAUUUAAACAGAUCGUUGAAAAUUUUGAAAAGCCCUUACAAAAUCCGAAUACAGCAAAUUGUGGAUCACCACAGUUGUCGCUUUUUCGGUGAAAGCGAUAGAGUGAUACAUCCAGCAUUCGGAAGUGACCCUAUAUAUAUCGCAAAAUGGCGGAUGGUGGACAUACAUUCGUAAAGAAGACAUUUGGAAAGCCAACAUAUUGUCAUCAUUGUUCGGAUUUAAUCUGGGGCAUUAUUCAGAUUGGUUACAUAUGUGAAGUAUGCAAUUUCGUCAUACAUGAUCGCUGUCUCUCGAACGUAGUUACCCCAUGCUCUGGCAUUGCACCCUGUAUAAUAAAGAACCCUGUCGCACAUUGCUGGUCUGAGCCAACUCAUCAUAAAAAAAAAUUUUGCACCGUAUGCCGCAGGCGGUUAGAUGAUAGUCCAGCAGUUCAUUGCUUAAUUUGCGAAUAUUUUGCGCAUAUUGAAUGUCAAGACUUUGCUGUGCCUGAUUGCACUGAAAAUGCGACGUACGUACCAGGCAAAGAGUUGCAGAGUGUUAAACAUCAGCAUCAUUGGCGGGAAGGAAAUCUACCACCGACAUCUAAAUGCGCCUAUUGUAAGAAAACUUGUUGGUCAUCAGAAUGCUUAACAGGCUACCGAUGCGAGUGGUGUGGUAUGACAACACAUGGGGGAUGUCGCACGUACCUGACAACCGAAUGUAAUUUUGGUAUACUACAACCCAUCUAUUUACCUCCUCAUUCGGUCUCUAUACCACGCACCGAGGUGCCAAUCGAAGCUAUUAUUGGCGUACAAGUAAAGUCGAAAACAACAUUAGUACGAGAUUAUUCCUGCCCUGAUUUGGGGACAAUAAAAUGCCUAGUAAGUACACCCUCAGUAGAUUCCUUAAACGACAAUGGAGACAAUAAAGCAAACGAUUUCGAUGAGAGAAAUAAUGCUAAAGAACUAACUUUAAGAGAGAUUUUAGCUGUCGAAAGACAACGACGUGAGAAAUCAAAACGAAAUUUUUUACUUUCAUCUUCCACUCCACUUAUUACAUCGUAUUCGAUAUCACCAGCGGCUACUCUAAGCACAGCAGGAAGGCUAACAGCAAGUGAUAAAACUGCUACUGAUUCGGAACAGGAAAAUGGCGAUGAUACAGAAAAUAAAUCGGAGCAAGUUAAACCCGUGAAAUCAUUGGGAGCUUCAAAUGAAAUCCGCGUUAUAAAGACGACCAUUGAAACGAAAUUAAAGCAAGAACUAAAGUGCAAUAUUGAAAAGUCUCCAUCGAUAACCUCUUCGCUCCAUUUGCUCUAUCCAAAUUUUCUACGUCGUACGCAGUCAAGUACGCACAAACACUUAUACAACAAUACUGACGACGAUGAGGAGGAUAUAGGAGUGUGCGAUGUAAGCGGCGAGGAUAUUAGUGAUGAGUGGGAACAGCGUGAAAUAAAAUCAGUGGAUGAAGAUUUCAUAAAACAUCGGCAAGCAGCAAAAUUUAUGGAAAAUGACUUUCAUGACAAGGAUAAAACUGAAACGAGAAAAUCUCCACGACACGAUCAAUGCCUCUGUGAAACAUCCGAUACGUGCGAAGAUGUAACUACACUAGAUGACAUUGAAAAGGAGUCCAGAUUAAAUCAGAUUUUUAAAAUAAACUGUAGUAGUAGUAAUAGUGUUACAACACUGGAUGAUCGUUUUACAACACGCCGAAAACAUGAAAAUGCUCAUAGUGUACAAUUCACUUCGCCACAAAAAUUCGUUACCAAUGUACCAUUGGAUUCCAAAGAUGGUAAAAGCAACACGCACGAAAAACUACCUGAGACUGCUGCUUCAUUGAAAGCAAAAACUUAUAACCUCAUCCCGUUUAGGGGCGUUUCAAGUAAAGGCGAAUCUCUAAGUUGCUCGCCCAAUUCUAGCGACUGUUCCUCAUAUUCGUCUGCGACAGUGGAUCCUACGAAAAUUUGUGUUUUGGAAGUGAACCGAAGUAAAUCAUUCCAAGAGCCAGAAGUUUCAUAUUGUUCACGUAAAAAAAAAUACACGCGACUUUUCCGCCGUCGCUCGAAAAAACACUUUGGAGAUACAGGUCAAACAAGUUCUGAAUCUACAAAGAAUGCACAUUGUAAAAAUUCCACGAUGCAAGGUAUAGAGAUCACAAUUCAAGACGAAGAUGGCAAUUACCAACAAUAUGAUGAUGAUUAUUUCACACUGAAGGAUGUGCGUAGUGGACGAAAGCGACGCGAACAUACCGACGGUGAUGAUGAGUAUGAGGAGGAAUUCGAAGACGAUUUUGUACCCACCCAAACGCAUAGUAGCGAAGGUAGCAGCCCGACAAAUUCUCAUCAGCCCUUAAGUGAUCGACCUUAUAGUUGUAUAAGUGAUGAUGCUGCAGGAGGUUAUAUUAGUGAUGGUGGCAGUAGUCGUUCUCGCAUUAGUGACUAUGACGAACAUGUCUUUGGACGGUUAUUGCGACGCAUGCAAGGCAUAUCGCUGAAGUGGCGCAAACAACGUUACUACAAACGCAGAGCUCGAAGUAUAUCCGAAGAGUUUAGCAGCGGAGAUGCACCACGUUUUAAAGAUGAAGAGCCACUUAAAAUUGAUGCAAUGCACGUUAGUGCAGUUAGCGGUGGGAGCGGCACGUCUUCACAUUAUCGCCCCGAAUCCUCUUCGCACAAAUCAGAGAAAUCUGAUAAGGAUAAAACAAAAAAAGAGAAAGAGAGCGAAGAGAAAGACAUUGAAAUGAUUAAAGUUUUCGAUGGCAACAAUUCAUUCAGACGUCAACUAUAUAGGGUAAUUAGUGUAUCCCGGACGUAUACACUAGAACAAUUACUCACAACAGCGUUACGUGCAUUCCAUAUAACACGAGAAUCUAGCUCAUUUUACUUGACUGACUUGUAUGCUCCUUCUGGAAUGGAAGACACCCCAUUGCAAGAUCCAACGCCCGUAAUGAACCUGACACAUUUAGAGGGCAAGAGGCCUGCAAUAUAUCUUAGGUUUCUGGAUAAAGGCAAAGGACACGUUCGUGUCUAUCCGGGUAAAUUGCAAUGCUCCCUGGAAGAGCCAUAUGUUAAUGUUCCUGUAGAAAAUACUACUGUUAUUAAGGAUUUGAUUCGCGAUGCUCUCGAUAAAUUUGGAUUUCAUGAUAACCAAAUGCAAGAUUACAGAUGUUCUGAGGUAUUACUAGAUCGUGGAGUCACUGAGCGGAUAUUAGCGUGGAAUGAACGUCCAUGGGAUAUUAUAAAACAAUUGGGCAAGGAGUCCAUUAGACAAAUGGAAUUGAUGCGAUUUUAUUUGCAACAUAAACAGGAUCCGCACGGUCCGAAUAUCGCGUUGUUUGUGGGAAAUUUACCUCCAGGAUUAUCACAACGCAACUAUGAACAAAUUUUAAAUAAAUAUGUUACAGAUGAAAACAAAUUUAAUAGCAUAGGUCCCAUCUACUAUGAAUAUGGUUCAGUGGUAUUAACAUUCGAAGAUGCUCAAAAGGCGGUUCGAGCCUUUUAUAACUUACGAGAAACUAUUAUAGAAGAUAAAAAACUGUUGGUCAUGCUAUUACCAAAUAUUGAACCAAGCAUGGUCCCACCGGAUGUACGACCAUUACUUAUAUUUGUUAAUGUUAAAUCGGGUGGUUGCCAAGGUCUUGAACUGAUUUCGAGUUUCAGGAAACUUCUCAAUCCAUACCAAGUAUUCGACUUAGAUAAUGGAGGACCACUUCCGGGAUUGUACGUAUUUCGUCAGAUCGCGAACUAUAAAAUAUUAGUAUGUGGUGGCGAUGGUACCAUCGGCUGGGUAUUGCAAUGCUUGGACAAUGUGGGACAGGAUUCAGAAUGUUCAAGCCCACCUUGCGCUAUAGUUCCUUUGGGUACUGGUAAUGAUUUGGCACGAGUACUCUGCUGGGGUUCCGGCUAUACAGGUGGUGAAGAUCCCCUAAAUUUGUUGCGUGACGUUAUCGAGGCUGAAGAGAUUAGACUGGACCGUUGGACUGUGGUAUUCCAUCCGGAAGAUAAGCCAGAAGAGCCUGCCCUUAAGGCCCCUUCAAACACAACGGGUAAGAAGAAGAAGGCUCACCAAGCACAUCUAUCGCAACAAACAAAUCAGCAUCAAUUACCGGCCAUAACAUCGACUGAAAUUUCAGGUGGCGGAGCACAAAAUGAAGAUAACUCACAAAUAUUUGUCAUGAACAAUUAUUUUGGCAUUGGAAUUGAUGCCGAUCUUUGCCUAGACUUUCACAAUGCACGCGAAGAGAAUCCUAAUAAAUUCAAUUCGCGACUUCACAAUAAAGGUUAUUACGUUAAGAUGGGCUUACGAAAGAUUGUUGGUCGUAAAACAGUUAAGGAUCUGCAUAAAGAAUUAAAAUUGGAAGUCGAUGGCAAAGUGGUAGAUCUGCCACCGGUUGAGGGUAUUAUAAUCUUAAAUAUUUUAAGCUGGGGCAGUGGCGCCAACCCAUGGGGGCCGGAUAAGGAUGAUAAUUUUUCGACACCAAAUCACUACGAUGGAGUACUUGAAAUUGUAGGUGUUACAGGUGUUGUGCACUUGGGACAAAUACAAUCUGGUAUACGAACGGCAAUGAGAAUCGCCCAGGGAGGUCAUAUAAAAAUUCAUUUAUACUCGGAUAUGCCAGUUCAAGUCGAUGGAGAGCCUUGGGUGCAAAGCCCUGGUGACGUUGUAGUCUUGAAAUCUGCUUUAAAGGCUACCAUGUUAAAGAAAAACAAAAGUAAAAUGAAGCGACGAAACACAGAGCCAACAAUGACAAUCGCUGGUACUCCUGCACCACACCUUUCCCUGGUGCCAGUUACAGUAUUAGCUACGACUAGCGACAGCAACACCGGCGACACCAAUACUGAAAAUGUGACGAAUAAUACCGACUUCUGAAUAUGGUACAGUGAGCGAUUGAUAUAACGUACUAAUUUAAAAUUUAAUUUUAGGCAAAUGUGCUUGCAUUGUAAAUAAAUUUAAUUUUACAAUAGAAAACAUUCCAAUAUAAAACAAUCUGAAUGGACACCAAGCGCGUGGUAUAUGGUACAAUGUAUAUAUCUAAGUACUUUUAAUUCAUCUAAAUGCAUAAUUAAAGGUCCUAACGGUAUACAAAAAUAUCGUACAUACGUUUAAUUUACAUUAAUCAAAACGAUUUCUUGCAUGCAUAUAUGAGUGUUCAGCUGCUCUUUUACUUUCUAUACCCUUUAAUUAAGUUAUAAACAUGCAUAUGUACUCUAAAAGAUCUGUCAAAAUAGGAGUUACAUUUUAGCCUUACUCAAACUACAUUCAAACUAUUUCUACAAUAAAUUGCAAGUUCGAACUUCUUUUAUACAAUCAAGUGUAUGUCCAUACAUACAUAUUUAUGUCUUACUAUUAAGAUUUAUUUAUGAUAUAACACUAACCCACAUUAUUUUAUUAUAUAUGCAUUAAAUAUUUCGUUUUUAGUUAGUACGUUAAAAACAAGUCGCUCUCUAGUCUUGUAUUCGACAUUUCUAAAAGUGGUUAGAAGGUACACUGAACAAAUUUACGGCCUUGCCUAUCUACAUACAUGUAUAUACGUGUAUGCAUCUACAAGUUUCUUAUAAUACAUACAUUGCAAAUAGAAACAACAAUAAAAGUAGAGCAUCUAUCAUACGUACAUCGGAGCAUGCACAUAAGAAAAAAAUAUAUAUAUUCUAAAAUUAAUUAAUCAAAAAGGCAAUCGACCACAAUAAAUUCUCAAAUGAAGUAAGGCCGAUAAUUCUCACAAAGCAAGAAAUUGACUAAAUAAGGUAAUUUACAUCUGAAAUAUAGUCCAACUUGGGAUGUGAUUGAGAAUUAAAUGCUACUAAGACGACAUUAAAAACAAUCAAAACAAGGCACACGGAUUGAGAAAUUACAUAUGUAUAUUUCGGUAUGAAUGCACUAAGCCUUCGUACUAAUUUCGCUCAGAGAUUAGGUAAUAAAAAUAUAAAUUAUGUAAUAAAAAACUUUGACCGCAUUAUAUAUGAAUAAUAAAAGAACAGAAUACUU